UAAACCCAAACCAAAGCACGGACGAGUUAAAGCCACCCAGCAAGCAAGCAAGCAGCAGCCGCUCCCUUGCCGCUGCGCCAAGCCAAACACAAACACCAAACCCCCACACACAGCGAAGCGGAAGCAUCCCCCACAGAAAUCCCACUCCACUUUCCCCUUCCGCCAUGGCAAGAGCCGCCGCCCUCCUGGCCGCAUCGGCGCUCCUCGCCCUCGUCCUCGCGCUGGCCGCCCGCGGCGCGGACGCGGGCGUCGAGGUGCCGCUCAGCUGGGAGCUCGGCGCGGACGACGCGGCGGCGGCGGCGGAGGACGGCUUCGGCUUCGGCGGCGCCGACCAGGGCGCGGUGGUGCGGCGCGUGCUGCAGGGCGGCGGCUACAUCAGCUACGGCGCGCUGCGGAGGGACAACGUGCCGUGCUCCGUGCGGGGCGCCUCCUACUACAACUGCCGCCCCGGCGCGCAGGGGAACCCUUACUCCCGCGGAUGCUCCGCCAUCACGCGCUGCCGCGGCUGAUCCGCCGCCCAAGUACGUACACGCUGUGGCUGAGCCGCUGAGAUGUCCCCCCCUCGCCUCUCUCUGUCCUUCCUCAUUCCUUAGUAGUUGUUGUCCUCUGCUCUGCUUUGUCUUCAAAGUUGUUUUAGCGAAGAAACGAUUGGUGCCCCCCACGAAUUCCGAGUCCUGGUCUCAAAUUGGUAUUGUAUGCCCAUGUAAAUUGAAUUCUAAAUCGUGUAUAAACUUAUGGAUGUAUGAUGAUUUGCUCGUAUGCUCG